UUUCAUAAACCCCCAAACUAAACCCUAAUUACUCUUUUCCUCUUUCCUCUUUCCUCAAUCCCCACAACUUCUUCAAUCGUCAUUUUUCUCUCUCUAAAAUACCCAAAAUCAAUGGCAUUUUUAGCAAGAUUUAGAGCAAGAACAAUUGAUCCAAUCCGAACUUACUCAUCAUCUUCACCAUCAUCAAUCCUAAACCCAGAUUCAAAAACAAUUCUAACAAGCAAAGAGAAAACUAAAGCCGCACUUUCUCUCUUAAAAUCUGAAAAAAACCCAGAAAAAAUCCUUGAAAUUUGUAGAGCUGCUUCUUUAACCCCUGAAUCUCAUCUUGAUCGCAUUUGUUUUUCCCUAGCUAUUUCUAAGCUUUCUGAGUCUAGUUAUUUUGAGGGUAUCCGCGGUUUUCUUGAGGAGCUUAAGAAUCGUCCUGAUUUGCGUAAUGAGCGUUUUAUAUCUCAUGCUACUGUGCUUUAUGGCCAAGCAGGUAUGCUCCAAAAUGCCAUUGAUACUUUUCAGCAUAUGGAGCAAUUGGGUAUAAGUAGGACUGCCAAAUCACUCAAUGCUUUAUUGUUCUCGUGCAUGCUAGCGAAAAAAUACAAUGAGGUCAAGCGAAUAUUCAUGGAUUUUCCGAAGAUGUAUAACAUUCAGCCUAAUAUUGAUACUUACAAUACUGUGAUUAAGGCUUUCUGUGAGGCGGGUGAGUCAAGCUCAAGUUAUUCAAUUGUUGCCGAGAUGGGGAGGAAACAAUGUAAGCCAAAUAAUACAACAUUCUCUACUAUGAUUGCUGGGUUAUAUAAAGAGAAGAAGUUUGACGAUGUGGGAAAAGUACUAGAAUUAAUGAAAGAGCAUGACAUGAAACCAGGGCUUAGUAUAUAUAAUACCCGGAUCCUGAGUCUCUGCAAGUUGGGAAGGUCAUCCGAAGCUAAGGCUUUGUUGGAUGGGAUGCGUGAGAGGAAAAUGAAGCCGAAUUCAAACACAUACACCGAUUUGAUCCAUGGGUUUUGUAAGGAAAGCAAGCUUGAGGAUGCAAAGAAGUUAUAUAAAACUAUGGUUACCCAAGGAUAUAAACCAGGCUCAAGUUGCUAUUUCACUCUUAUCUAUUUCUUGUGUAAAGCGGGUGAUUACGAGACAGCGUUGCCGAUUGCUAAGGAAAGUAUAGAGAAGAAUUGGGUUCCGAAUUUUAACACGAUGAAAUCUCUUGUUGAAGGUUUGGUGAGUAUUUCAAAAGUCGAAGAAGCUAAGGAUCUUGUUGCUCAAAUCAAGGAAAAAUUUCCGAACCAAGCUUAUCUCUGGAAAGAAACCGAAGAGAAGCUGUCACAGUAAGACGGAUGAUAAACCCGUCUGCGAGAUGGGCAUAAAAGAUCCAAUUGUGGGAGAGGGUAAGUUUUGAAUUUUUUUGAAAUGCACAUGGUUAUAGGUCUUAUUGAGAACAGAGGAGUUUAAGGGUACUUUUAGAAGAAAAAUGUCAUCUUUUUGGGUGUAAUCACCCAUUUUUGAGAUUUGGUUUCAUGAUUUGUCUGGGUAGGGUGUUAGAAUAUCAAUCUUUACAAGCUAUGUGGAACAUGAUAUUAAAAUAACUUGCUAGUUGCAGUGAAACAUAAUUCGCUAGUUGGUUCGCUUUUUGAAUUUGUGUUUCGCGCAAAAUGGUUGAAAAAUAGACUAAAACCAGCCAUAAUUCCCUUUUGCAUUCGUGAUUUUCGAGACGAUUAGAGAUGUCUUAUUGGAUAGCCAUCUUUGUAAAAACUAUUGUCAUUAGUUCUGAAGCGAAAAUUUUAGUGUUCGUACAUAUGCUGGACCACAGUUUUGGACGAAGUUAUGAUUGUAAGGAGUUGCUUACUAAAAGCGGAUGUUUACUUGAGUCUUUUUAACUCCGUGUUGGCUUAUUGAUAUCGUUUGUCUCCAUUGUGUUUGUUUUAUCCUGGUCGACAUUUUCAUCCUGAUUUGUGCUUUGAAGGCUGCAAUGAUAUGAGAACUUACCUUUGAAAUUUGAA